CAGAAGGAUAAACCAGUGUAGCAGGUUUGCGUCACUGUAAGCAACCCAUCAUGCAAAGCGGAUGAAAAGAGAAGAAGACAGAGAGGAGCCAAGAGCUGGUGUCAUUUCUGAGCACUGUCUGGCUGAAAAUAGUGGCAACAUGAUGGAUUAAGACUCCAACUAAAUUCACUCUCAGGAAAGGGGCAGUUUGAAAUGUCCAUUCAACCUGAGGAGAGGAACUUGAGAUUUCUGAGGUCAAGAAAUCAAGGAUAAGAGAGGAUUUUUCACGUCGAGACUACAAAGCAGAGAAUAAAUGAAGAAUAUCCCUGUUCUGAACUGGGAAUCAUACUAAAGGAGUGUACAAACUUGGAUCGGUUGCUUUUUUAGAAAAGUCUAGUAACAGCUGGAAUCUAGUCAUUUUCUACAACUUUUGGACAAUGGAUAUCUCCACACACUCGAUUUCUGCAGGCGAUUGCAGCAAGCGGGGGGGCUCAGGUGAGCUGCUUCGCCCAGCAAAUCUUCCUUCAUCCAAUUUCAUUCGCAGACCUGGUAUCAGAAGAAGAGAGACUUUUGAAAAUGUGGCACAAAAAGAGAACUCUCAGAGACAUGGAGGCAUCAAUGGUGCACACGAAAAAGAGGACAGAGACACUGGAUAUCAAACCCAAAAUAGAAAAAGCUCCUUUCAAAAUCAGGACGUAGGCUAUCAAAAGCCAACAGCACUCCACCAGAACAGCACUGAUGAUAAAGAAAAUCCUGAAUUUGAAAGCCAGGGUUGGACAGAAUGGUGGGGUAUGAGUAGGGGUAGGAGCAACUUGAAAACAAGGGAGACAAACCUCUCUCAGGGUACCAGAGCUGACCUAUCUACAACCUCGGCAGAAAGAGAACUUGACUUCAACAAACAUUACGACAAUUUAAGGGAAAGGAAAGGAGCUGGAACCAGCUUGAUAAACAGGGUUAAGUCAUUUCCAAGGAGCUUUAAACUAGGAACUUGUGAAGACAUGAGCUCUGUGAAUCACACAACCCAGACUUUAAAUAAGUCUCAUAGGGGUCAUUCUCUGCCCUUCAAAAUAAAGUCUGAUUCUGGGCCUACUGACAUCCCAGAAGGUAAUCAGAGUAUCCAAGAGCGAAUAGACAGACUUUUUGGUUCAGCAAGAGGGGGGUCAGAGUGGGGGACCUUUCCUAGGCAGCUUUCUACAGUUGAGAGCAAAACGUCGAUACAAAGAAGGGCCUCAUUCAUUUGUUCUCAAAAGGGCACAGAUUCUUCAGAUGCUGAGACUUCACAUUGUUUUGUCACAAAGUCUCUGGACAGAGCCAGGAGCAGGCACACAAUAGCAAAUCAGAUCAGAUCUGACAGAGUUGCAGGAGGAGUUGCUGUGAUUACAUGUCCCAGCAAGGAGGAGAACAGACUGUUCGAGAAUGAGGAAAAUAGUCUGGUAAAUAGUAUGUUGGGUAAAGGAGUUGAUAAAUCACAAGAACAAAAGGAAGCAAAAGGCAAAACGGUGCUGACUACUACUCAUGAUCAAGAUGUCUUUCAAUCAAAUCUAAAGAAGAAUGAGACAGAAGAUGAGAAGAAGCUUUCAGAAGGGCUGGUAGUUCCCUCUUCAGCCAGUGUGAAAAACAAAAUCAAGCAGUUUGAGGCUCUGGCAAAAAAAACAGUGAGUCAAAUCUCAUUUCCCAGAUGGUCUUUUUCUGCAUCAACGGAGGCCGAUAAAGGGUUAGAUGGCCCAAAGAAGAGCAGGUCGGUGAAAGAUAUCGCCGGACAACGAGAACUGCGACUGAAAGAGAUGACAAAUGGAGUGAAAGCAUCAGCAGCACAGGAGAAGAGAUUGUCAUGGAGGUCUCUAUCUGUUGAUGAGGGUGGACAAAAAAUUAUGAGCAGGGAGGUAGAAAGAAAAAAAUUGAUAGAAAACAAAAACCAGCCUUUUGAGGACUUAUAUCAAAAACUCAAUCAAGUGGAAUAUAAUGGACCUGAGGAGAACAGCAGGAAAACUGGGAAAGAUCUAACUGAUUUCUUCAAGGAGUCAAACCCGGGGGAGUCAAACCAGAGAGACAUGGCAUCCUAUGUGCAGCUGAGGAAGUUAACUUCAACAGCUGGUGAGGACAAAUCUCAAAAAAACUUCCUUAACAGCACACCGUUAAUUCCACCUUUAAACCAAACAGUGAAAGCCUCUCCCACUGCAAAUAAAAACAAAAGCCCGUCUGUCUUCAUACAAGCACCUAAAGCUUUGGAUGUAGACUCUCCACCUGGCCCUCUGCCUCCUACCACCGCCUCCCAAAGCAGCCUUACUGACCCCCUAUCUGUGCAUAUUAAAACACCGGACCUGGGCAAGAAGCACAUGCAGGACCUCACUGCUUGGGUAGCCGGCCUGCAUCCAGGAUAUAUGUGCUGGAAUGAUGGUGGAAGCGUUUUUGACGAUGACGACCAAAGCACACAAAGAGAUGAGGACUCCAACUAUGACUCAGACUCAGGGGGGUCCUCGGUGACCAUCACCAGUAACAUGAGCCAAUCAGACCGUCGUAGCUUCAGUGUCAGCCUUUCAGAGUUGUGCAACUUUGCGGGUCCUGACUUUGAAUCAGAGGAUGAGGAGGACGACUGGGAGUCAGUGAGCCGGCGGUCGGCCUCAGUCAGCUCAGACAUGUCCGUCUUCUCCUGCGUGUCCACGCUGGCCACCGAAGAGCUCGACAGACUGCUGGAGGAUGUCAGGACAGUGGAGGACGACAGCAUAAAGGAUUUUGAGGAUGUGCAGGUGGUGGUUCUCCAUAAGGAGGUUGGAGUAGGACUUGGCUUCAGUCUGGCUGGUGGUGUGGACCAAAACAAGCCAGUUACUGUUCACAAAGUGUUUCCCUCGGGUGUUGCAGCUCAGGAGGGCACAAUAACAGAGGGAGACAAGGUUUUGUCCGUUAACGGUACUGCAUUUCGUCAAAGUACCCACAGAGAAGCCCUCGAUGUCCUCAAAAAGGCUAAGUCCCGGAGUAUGGCAGUUGUAGUGUUGCAGAGGGACGAUGUCAGUAUUGCUUCAAAAAAAGUCGCUUUGGAAAUGAAUGAAGAUGUGGCGCAAGCUCAGCCUGAGACAGGUCAGCAAGUAUGUGUGCACCUGCAGAAGAACGGCAGGCAUCUGGGCUUCAGCCUGCAUGGGGGGUUCGGCUCCAGUGAGGGGAACAUGCCUCUCACUGUGAAAAAGAUAUUUUACGGAGGUCCUAUUGACAAGGUGUUUCCUGGUGAUGAAGUCCUAGAAAUUGACGGCAUGAGCAUGGUGGCAAUGAGAUGCCUGGAGGCCUGGAACUUCAUCAAAAAACUUCCUCCAGGGUCUGUGGAGGUUGUGCUGCGUCGACCAUUGAAGCAAACCUGAAGUCCCCGCAUGAAUGUUUGCAUCAGGAACAGUGGACCAUAAGCUAGAACUGUCUGUGCAAAACAUUGGGCCUGCAAAGUGAAUGACCUAAAUAUGAAGGGAACCGUGAAAGCAUUGGAAUAUUUUGUAACUGGGCCAUAAAAACAACUACCGUGUAAAUGAAGGAUGGAACAAACAAGAAUUUAACAUCUGUGAACUUUUCCUCACUUUCUUUUUGAAAGUGUUAGAUCUACCUCAAGAGUGUCUCCGUCUCAGACAACUGACCGGGGUGACUCGGAUUGAAGUCAACCAAAAUGUAAAACUUUUUGCAAGUUAAAACUGUGUUUGGCACUUGUACAAAAAAGCACUAAAUUAUUGUAAAUAACUCUGAUGUUUGUGAGGUUUUUGUUAAUCCUCACUUCUGUAUGUAUUUUUAAUACAUCCUAAUUCAUUUGUAUGUUACAAUUUUGUAUUCUUUGCCGUUUAGGGUAAAACACAAUUUGAUUAAACUUUUUGUUUUGUCCAAGAAAAUUAUUUAAAAGCCAUUUUUAAAACUGUGUUUGUUGCUUUUAGUUUCGGUAAUUGUUGUUUAUUCUUGUUCUCAAAAAACAUCCUGAGUGUUUACCCUAAGCAAAUUUAAAUUACUAAUCUACAAUUAAAUGUUUCCAUUAAUUUAUGGCUAUAUUAAAAAAUAAACAUGUGAAUAGUUUUUUUUAAAUGACCACAUUGUUAAAGACACACUCCGAUCAUCUUAUGAUUGUAAACGUGUUCUCAGUGGUCUUUUAUUGUGAUUGUGUCAUCUUUAGCUGCAAUCAAUAAACCUGUGUUGUUUCUGCA